CACAAAAACAGCAACAGGGUGCAAAAAUUGAGAAGACACAAUCAACUAUACCAGUGGCAUUCUCAUCGGUGUCAAAAUAUAAAGCAGAUUAGCCAGAACAAAUCUCUAAAGAAAAGAUGAUUGCCCAGUGGAUUGCACGCUCCGGUCUACCUGUUCGUACAGUUGAGGAUGACGCUUUUAUUCAUAUGAUAGAAAGCAUUGAUAAAAGGUUGGCAGUGCCUAAGAAAACAAAAAUAAACAACUUGGUUGACCAACUUUACGAUGAUGAAAAACAAAAAUUCAGAAAACAACUCACCAAAGUUCGCAAAAUAACCUUAGGGCUGGACAUAUGGACGAAAAGAGGACUUACAGCAUCAUUUCUUGCCAUUAGUGCAUGCUACUUUUGUCCCCAGGAGGAAAAAGCGAAGCAUAUAUUGCUGACCCUGGUUCAGCUAUCGCAUCCCCACACAGCAGAAUGUAUAAAAACUUGUGUCGACAGGUGCACAGAGGAAUGGGGAAUACCAAAAAACAAGAUUCUAACUGUAAUAACCGAUAAUGGAAGCAACAUGGUUACAGCAUUCAAAAAAAGUGAAGAGUAUGAUGACCACAGUACCACAGAGGAAGACUCCCAGGAGGACAGUGAAGAAGACUCUGAUGAUGUUGAAGUCGAAGAUCAAAGGUUUGGAGCAAUAGAGAGGAUGCCCUGUGUUGUACAUACUUUGCAACUUGUGGUUAACAUAGUCCACAAAGAAGCAAGUGUUAAACGCCUCAUAGACAGAGUUCGACUACUUGUUAGGCUCUUCCGCAAGUCAUCGGUGGCAACAGAGCAAUUACUGCAGCUUUCUGGUCUCACUUUGAUCAAAGACUGCCCCACUAGAUGAUCCAGCACCUACCUGA